CCUGCCGUCACACAGUUUGUAAGACUACAUGCUUCUUCCAGUAGAUGUGUGACAUGCGCAGUGACAGCCAGCAGCAGCAGCAGCAGCAACUCGACUCACUGCCCGACACCGACACGCCGUGAGGACGGACACCGACACACGCGUGAGCAUCGGCCGCGAUGUAAAUGAGACCGAGCCGGGCUGAGCCGGGACGCAGGACCGUAGUCGGAGAAUGCAGCAGCAGGCGAACACACCGUCUGCGUUAGCUCGCCGCUGCACUCAGCUAGCUGUCUCAUGUUUAACGAAUAACACCGGGUCGUGAUUGUUGUUUUGGUUUUUUGUUUGUCCGCUUGUUUGAACUUGCGACAGGAUCGUCCGCAGCAGAUUACGUUUUCCAUCCUCCAAACCAAACCAGGAUGCCUCCCGCUCAGAGCCUUCAAUCCGGCAGCGGACUGACCCUCUCGGAGACGAGCGUGGGCUCCUUUAAGAGGAGAAAGAGGAAAUCCAUCAUCGUGACGGCGAUGCUGCUCAUUGUGUCUGUGCUCAUCCUUAUCUUUGGCCUGGCAGCGACCACCAGGACGCAGAACAUCACGGUGGGCGGCUACUACCCAGGAGUCAUUCUGGGCUUUGGCUCUUUUCUGGGAAUUAUCGGCGCUCAUUUGAUAGAGAACAAGAGGCAGAUGUUAGUGGCAUCUAUUGUCUUCAUCAGUUUCGGAGUGGUGGCUGCCUUCUGCUGCGCUAUUGUCGAUGGAGUUUUUGCUGCGAGGCACAUCGACCUCAGGCCUCUGUAUGCCGGUCGUUGUGAGUAUCACUCCAGUGAGACUGCAUCUGACCGUGAUGUGCCCUGUCAGACAUCAUCACGCACAUCCUGUAACUUGCGUGUGAAGAGCAACACCUGUUACUGCUGCGACCUCUACAACUGUGGGAAAGAACAUCCUCUUAUGGGACUUCAGAAUAAAGAUGUUUUGAAAAAGUUUAGGAAAUCAUCCAUGAUUUGGAAGGCUAGCCGUGUAGAGGUGAUCGGAGGCUACCAUGAGUACACCGAUGUGAAGAGCUGCCAGGACGUGGUGCACCUUUAUCACCUGUUAUGGUCCGCUACCAUCCUCAACAUUGUGGCCCUUUUUCUGGGCAUCAUCACUGCUGCAGUGCUGGGAGGCUUCAAAGACAUGACUCCCGCCGCUGCCUCAGAGAGCACAUCUGAACCAGAGGCAAUCACAGCUCCAGUCCCCUCAGAGCCUGCUCCACCCAACGCUUCCCUCAACUCGUACUACAACACUGCCCCCUACCUGCCGCCUUACAAUGCCUACGACCUGCAGGGCUCCUACAUGUUCCCUGAUUCGUCGGGCCUGUCCGAUGACUCCCAGUCUGGAGCCAGCCACCUGUGGCCCACAAUGAUCCCCCCACGCUACUCUCCUCCUCACAACCAUCCUGAUGAGAAGCCCCCGCCGUACAGCCCGUGACAUGGCUUCAAGCACAGAAGGCACCUGAGACGUUUGCGAGUGUUGUCAGAUGCCAAUCGAGUGGUUUGACUGCACAAUUCCUCUGGACUCACAAUCACUGAGAACUGUGCUGAGGGAAGGAUGCUGAGGAGGAGGAGGAGGAGGACGAGCACAGAGCAUGAAAACUUUGAGUUCAGCCCAACACAAGGGCGCGAGUAUUUGUCUGCCUGGGCACCACUCACAGUCAUGCCUGCACUGUGUGUGCGUGUGUGUUUGCGUACAUAUACACAUUAAGAGAAGAGAGACAACCAAGGAGUCAAAGCCAGGAGUGUUUACACGUGCAUCUGCCUUAAAGCGAACAGACUUCCAGUAUACUGCAGCACUCACUCACCUGGACUUAUUCUGUACAAGGUCGAAAGUUCUCUGCAAGCUCAUGCUUUAUGUUCACCUCCCUUUAGUCCGCAUUAUAAAUGCUUCCUGCCUCAAGUGGUUCGUGUAAUAAUGAUCACGGCACGUUUACGAGCCUCGUAGGAGAUUGAUGCAGUUAGAUGAAAGCGUCUGUGUCUUUCCCGAAUUUGAAUCAGAUAGAAAACUAAAUUUGUUUGUUGUGAGCCCAAGCAGUUGUUUUCGUAGUGGUUAAUAGUGUCACUGUAAAGGUAAAGUUAGCAGUAAAGGAGGUGUUACAUGCUCAUAAUGUAUGUACAGCAGUAUGAUAUACAGAUGCUCCUUUAGCAGUUAAGCCUAAGAUAUACAAACAGAUAAUGGUAUCUAUUUAUCGGCUCUUCGGUUUAUGUUCAAAAAUAUCUUGAUCAGUGUGUGGUGAAUCUUACAGCGCAGUCUUUAGGCAGAAAUAAGCCAUACUGCAGUAGUUGAUAGGUCAGGAUGGUUAUCAGUCACACUACAAACCCUAUUUAAUGUAUUUUCACUAGAAGCUGCAACGCAGGUAAGCAUUUAUCACCUCUGUUUGUAAGCAGUUGUAAAGUCACUUCUCGUAGUUGAAAUGUGUUGUCUUUUCAGGAACUAACGUUGGUAAGGCUGAGUGUGAGCAGUCAGUGCUGGAUUCACUGAUGUGACAUGGGAGAUACUGAAAAGUGUCCACUGAGGGGGGGAAGCGUGACACCGCUGUCAGCUUUAAUCACUGCUUUUUAUAAUUUCAUCAACACAUUCGCAGGGACUGACUCGUCAGUUCCUUUUUGUCUUGCCAUUAAAAAUAUGUUUUGUGUAAU